AGCUGGUUCUGUGGGCGGGGUUGUCUCUGCUGGAUCUGAAUGACUCUCGGUGAGGAGAUGGUGCUGAACCGAGGCAACAGCGGACACAGGAGCAGGACAGCGGCGAGAUAGCAGUCACUACGGGCGAGCAGAUCCUGAGUCAGUCCAAGGAGAGAGACAGAGGGAGAGGGAGGGGGAGGGAGAGGAAUCGCGCAGGGAGUGGAGGCAGUAAGCUGCAAGGAACGGCGAGCGGAGAACAAGCUUUCAGUCCUGGCUAUGAGGCCAGUUUUCCCGCUGUUCAUCGCCUUGCUCCUGCGGGAAGGCCAUGCUUCCUCAUUUACCCGACAGCCCGAAGACAGAGUUGUAGUUGUGGGAUACCCAGUUACAUUGUCCUGUGCAGUCGCAGGGUAUCAUGGGAUUGUCCUGUGGACAAAGGACGGCCUGGGAUUAGGAGUCGAGAAGCAACUGCCAGGCUUUCCACGUUAUUCCAUUGUGGGAGACCAUGCAGCUGGUGAAUACAGCCUCCGCAUUGAGAAAGCAGAACUUAUUGAUGACGCAGUGUAUGAAUGUCAGGCAACACAUGCAGCCCUGCGAUCCCAGCCUGCUCGGCUGACAGUACUGAUCCCUCCAGACAAUCCAGUGAUCAGCAGUGGGCCUGUUGUCAGCCUGAAAGUAGGAGACUCUCUGAACCUCACAUGCCGUGCAGAUAACGCCAAGCCAGCAGCUGUCAUCACCUGGAUCCGAGACGGAGAACCACUGAAAGGAGCAACCUACAUAAAGAGGCUUCUGAAAGAUGGGAAAAGAGAGAGCAUUAUCAGCAGCCUACACAUCCCACCAUCAGAAAUCGAAAAUGGGCAACGCAUCAUCUGCAGAGCAAAGAAUGCAGCAGUCCCAGAGGGCAGGGAAACCGAAGUCACGAUUGAUAUCCAACACCCACCUCUGGUGAACCUUACAGUAGAGCCACAGCCUAUCCUGGAAGGAAGCACGGUGAGAUUCCAAUGCUCAGCCAAGGCAAACCCAGCAGUCAGCUCAUACAGAUGGGCCAAGGGUGGUCAGUUGCUGAGAGGUGUUCUGGGUGAGACGUAUGAGACCAUUGUGGACUACACCUUCUUCACAGAGCCUGUGUCUUGUGCUGUGUCUAACCCCUUGGGAAGCACAAACAUCAGCCGAACUGUCGACGUGUAUUUUGGUCCCCGGCUGACAUCCGAGCCUCAGUCUCUCUCUGUGGACUUGGGUUCAAGUGCCAUCUUUAACUGUGCCUGGACUGGAAAUCCAUCUCUCACUAUCGUGUGGAUGAAGCGAGGCUCCGGGGUGGUUCUCAGCAAUGAUAACGUCAUGACUCUAAAGGCUGUGGCCCAGGAGGAUGCUGGGAAGUACGUGUGCAGGGCAGUUGUUCCACGAGUGGGUGCUGGAGAGAGGGAAGUCAGCCUGACAGUCAAUGGACCCCCCAUCAUCUCCAGCACACAGAUGCAGCAUGCUCUGCAGGGCAAGAAAGGACAGAUCAAAUGUUUCAUCCGGAGUACACCUCCACCUGACCGAAUAGCUUGGUCAUGGAAGGAGAACAUUCUAGAAUCAGGGACCUCAGGACGUUACACAGUGGAGACAGUGAGCAUGGAGGAGGGCGUGAUCUCCACACUAACCAUCAGUAAUAUUGUGAGGGCAGACUUCCAAACAAUUUACAACUGCACAGCCUGGAACAGCUUUGGUUCUGAUACAGAAAUUAUUCGCUUGAAAGAACAAGAGGCGCUCUCACUGGCUGUCGUCAUUGGCGUAGCAGUCGGUGCUGGAGUGGCUUUCAUUGUCGUCUUGGCAACAAUCACGAUUAUCUGCUGCUCGCGCUCCCAGAGAACUCGAAAAAAACAUUUAUGGUGGAAAACGAAAAUCCCAUCUGGUAUACGCAUUGACAAUUGUCAAGUGAAGAGUUUUCUUCCAUCCUUCACAAAGGCUAACUGUCUGAGAGAGAUUAAACCAUUGCGACAGCAUCAUUUUCCUUUCAACAGAAAACAAACUUCAGAUGGUAAAGGUGAUGUCUCUGCUAAAAAUGAUAUCCGUGUCGAAAUAGUCCACAAGGAUCACAAUGGAACCCAGCAACCUGGAGAACAGACAACAAUUAAAAAUGUGAUGAUCAACAGAGGAGAGUUUGAGCAGGACCCGGUGCUGAAACAACUGGAAGUUCUCAAGGAAGAGGAAAAGGACUAUCAGCACAUUAAGGAUCCUACCAAUGGCUAUUACAGCGUCCGCACCUUCCCAGACCUGCAGCCAGCCAGCAACACUGCCACUGUGGGGUGCCCUCCUGAUCACAGGCCCAAUAUGAAGCAGCGAGUGCCCACAGGGAUGUCCUUCUCCACCCUCUACACACAGCUGAGUGCGGCCAACCGCAUGUACGAGUAUGGGCAGCGUUUCGUGCUGGGCAACGGCAGCAGCUCCAUCGAGCUGUGCGAGCGGGAGUAUCAACGGGGCUCCAUGAGUGACAGCAACUCCUUCCUGGACAACCAGUGCAACAGCAGUGUCAGCAGCAACAGCAAGCAGGACAGCUCGGUCCAGUUCGAUGAGGCCAGCAAGGCCUCUGCCUCCUCCCAUUAUUCGCACUCCUCCUCGCAGAACUCAGAUUUAACACGACCGUUGCAGAGACGGAUGCAGACCCAUGUCUAACCUCUGGACUGAUGGCAACUUUGGCACUGUUGACUCCCAACUUCAUGGCUUUGCUUCUACUGUUGAGCUUUCCCUGAGGGUGGGACCUUGAACAGAUGCUUCCUGUUAUGGUGGACACUUUAUAGGUCAAGCUUCCCAAUCCCCAUCGAUUUGGAACUGUAUCAUCACCACACAAAGUAGCCUAAGCAUCAGAAUUGUGAGAGACUCUUGUUCCCACAUUUUCUUCCCUUUCUGACGAAGCUGAACCUAAUGUGGGACAGUGUCCUGUAGUAGCUAAGAUUAAUUAGCUGCAUUGAUAGUUUGAUUAAAAACUGAUUAAUGUAUGACAGUCUGCCAACAACAGGCAAAUCAAGCCCACUCAGUUCUUUUAGGAUAUCUCUUUAACAUCUGUGUCAAGGAUUAGCCAUGUUGUGAUCUGGAAAUGGUUGUGGCCAUGGUGCCAGACUGAUUUCCUCCACCCAUCUCCCAGGUCUCCAGCAGCCCUGGUUUGAUCAGAUCAGGUUCAAUGGCCUCAUUGUUAAGGCAGGAAUUUACCUCUUAGGCUACCUAAAACACUGACAAGUGCACCAAUCUCAAUUUAUUGGCUAGUGUUAAUGAGGGUCUGGGAGGUGAUCUGCUGACUGAGAGAGUAGAUGGAUAUCGCAGAACCCAGGGCCUGCUCUUCAGGCUUCAGUCAUUCCUGCACUGGUCUGUGAAAUCAGUGCACAGCCAGAGUGACAGUAACAUUGCUUAGUAUGUGAGCUUCUGAUUUUCCACAAAUGACACAAUAGUGAGCGGAGGAGGAGAGCGGAAAGGGGAGAAUUGUGUUUUUCAAGGUCUUCCUAUCCUCAUAAGGCAAAAUCUAAAUAGAAUGUCCAGCCAAAGCCAUUCUUGUUGCAAAGUUCAGUUCUUUUCCACCCCCUCCAUCAAUCCAUAUUCGGUGCCUGUCUCAUUCUACUGCCUUUCAGUUGGAGACUUCAUCACUUCUCUUGAGCGGUUGAAUCCAGAAAAGCACAUUUAUCCUCCAUCAUCACAGCCAUCAACUGUGAUGCAAACAGGGGCUUAGCUCUUGUACAAACAGAUACUGGGUCCUGUGAUCCUUGUUCUGCUAGAUAUUUGGGCCCUAUGAUCCCACAUCCUGUACAAUCAAAUACAAAGCCCUGAGAUCCAACUUCCAUGCACUCAGAUACUGGGCCCUCCAAUUCUAGUUUCAGCACACCGAGAUACUGAGCCUUUUUAUCGCCACUCCUGCACAUGCAUAUAUUGAGCUGUGCAAUCCCAGCAUCCUGCACAGACAUUGGGCUGUGCUAUUUUAGGAAGAUGAGAUUCAAAUGCAGUUGGAAAGUCAAUGCUUCAUCUCUGUCACAUAGAUAAGCUGUUGUGGCACCUUUGUUAACAAAGCAUUGGAAAAUGUGUACAAAAUAUGUAAAUAACUUUUUGUCAUCCUUCACAGUGGUUCACAAAGUUUAAGUGUUGUUUCUCUCACAUUGAUUUGCAUACGUGAUACGUAGGCCCCUACAGUAGACCACAGUGUAACAUUCCAAUAUUGUGGAGCAGUAAACGUCCUUCAUGACAUGCCAUGGUAUUCAGGUAAAUAUGUGGGCAAUGCAACUGCCCUCUGUGUUAAUAGAUUAGGAACCGCACUGCCAUGAAACUUUAAGAAUUUGUGAGCGAUUUAUGUGAAGUAUUGGUUACAGACAAUGCAUUUUUAUAAGAAUUUUUGAAAUGAUUUUAACAGAAUUGUUUAUGUGGUUAAGAGAGAGGAUAAUGCCAGUGCACCCUCAACUAUGGCUGAGUAAUUGGGAUCCUUGACUCUAUCGGCAAUCCAGAGGUUGGGGUCUUAAAUCAGGUCCAUAGCAACUUCUCAAAUUUGACAAUCAAUGAAUACAUAUCUGGGACAUUCUGUGGAAGACUGUACUGUGCACAGCACAACUUACUUCAAGGAAGACAAAGCGACAGAAAAAGUGAAGUAUUCAAAGUCCCUCACCAUUUCAAAUGCAAAAUGAACUAAUAUUUUGAUUUGUAAGAUUGGGAGUAUUAAUCUCUGAUAAUAACAGCACCAGGCCUCCCAAAUUCCUAGGUCACUUCAGCCAUGUCAUGAAAGGUACUAUAUUUGGGCUUUGCUUCCUGGAGAAGCACCACAGUUAACUUCUACAUCCUCAGCCUAAAGUAUGAUAUUAAUCCUGUCUUACCACCAGGAAAGGAGUUAGGGAACCGAAUUCUUGCCAAUUCCUUAAUUUUGACUUCUGCCAGUUUUGGCAGCAGUUGAGGCUCCUGUCAGAUUCCCAGGCCAAAACCUUAUUAAUAAAUGUAAAUCAGGGUCCUGUGAUACACAUGGGUCCGUACUGACCUCAGUCCCAAUCCCGAGGAAAAGCUGAUCCAAGUUGUUGGAAGUCUACCAAGACCUAGAUAAGAUCAGUUAAAACAAAACCCUUGCAGAAGGAAGAGGGCAUCUAGAGAAGAAUCUUUUUCCUUGCUGCCCACCCAGAGAGAAAAACCCAAAUAAAAAUAGUAAUUCCUGAAAUGAAUGUACUGAUCGUACUGCAGGAUCCUCCAUUUAGAGAAUACAAGAGGAGUCAGACCAAUGCCUUUUAUUCAUUAGUUUUACUAUUUUUCUCCGAUGGGCAUACAGGCUCUCUUCUUCAAUAACCCUUUAUGCACUUCCCCUGCUGGACAUAACCUGUCUUAUCUCGGCAUUGUCAUACUUUCUUAGCUCCACCUGAUCUCCAUCCUGCCCUACUGCCAUUUUCUGCCCAGAGGCUACUCAAGCCCAGUUAACAAUAUCCCUAAGAGCUUUGACAAAGAUUCAUGGAUUGUAUUGUUGUCUAAUGACUAAGUGUUAAAACUCUCAUCAGGAAGUUCUGGGUUCAAGUCCCACUUCAGAGAGAUAAAUAGUGAACCUAGACAAACAUUACAGCGCUGUGAAGGAGGGAAUGAAGCAAGUGAGGGAGUGCUGCAUUGUUGGAGGUCUGACUCUUGAAGGAAGCAUUGAGCUGUUCUCCCAAAACAUAAAUAAUCUCACAGCACUAAUUUAAAGAUCGGGGAGUCCCUUCAGUGUUCUGGCCAAUGUAUAUCCCUCAAACUGUAUAACUAAAAAUAGACGAUCUUGUCAUUAUUACAUAGCUGUUUAUGCAAGUUUUCUGUGCACAAAUUGUCACAUUUCCAACGUUAAAACAGUGACUGUCCUUUAAAACAACCAAAGUGGCUGUGAAGUGCUUUGGGAUAUCCUGAUGUUGUGAAUCUUAUACGCAAUUUUGUCUUUCUUGGAGAUAACUUUGACCUUCCAAAAGUGUGAUUUGCACAUUCUAGUGAAGAUCUUGCGAUGAAACAAGCCCUCAAAUCAAUGUGGUAUUAACCAAUUGCUUUAUAAUUUCCAACAACUUCUAGAAUCUUCCAUCAAAGGAAUAAGGAAUAACAUAAGCCAUUCAGGAGAAAAGGCAACUGAGUGUAGCUCAGAAAGCUAAAUACUACAGAUGCUGGAAAUCUAAAAGAAAAACAGAAAAUGCUGAAAACAUUCAGCAGCCCUGGCAGUGUCUGUGGGGAGAGAAAUGAUUCAGGACUCUGGUGUCUGAUCGGAACAAUUCCUGGUUUCGACAUAAGAUCCUGGUAUAACUAUUGCAAUGCACUAACUCCCAUUGGGAGGCUUUCUAAUGUUCGGCUAAUAAUAUGCAAGUACCAGGCACAUCAGCUGACAGGGUGUGUCUCUCUUCCCAAAGAUGGGAGAUCAGACUCAAAAAAUCUGUAAGCCAAUAAAAUGAGAGAAAAAAAACAAAAUCUCCAAUAAAACUCUUAUUUCUUCAUUGAAAUGGGACAGUACUUGGAGCAAAGCUGUACCCACCAUGCCAAUCAUACUCACUUUUGCCCUCCUAAAAAGUUAAAUUCUGUGCCCGUGGUCCCAGUGGGUUUAACUGCAUUUGAUUUUUGUGCACUAAAUCAGUGAAGAUAAAAUGUCAAUAAAUUAUGCAAAUGAAAACAUAUGUGAAUCUGUUGUCACCCAGGUUUAUAAAAACAGAUAC